AUGGGAUCUUCUAAGCUGGCCCUGCUGCUGGUCUUUGUGUCCUGUGUUGAACGCUGUCUGUCUGCCUCUUGCGUUGUUGAUAGCUUCUCGGUAAAAAAGGACUUUGACCCCAAGAGGUAUGCAGGGAAGUGGUAUGCACUCCAGAAGAAGGACCCACAAGGCCUGUUUCUGCAGGACAACAUCUCAGCAGAGUACACCAUCAGUGAUGACGGCUCUUCCAAGGGACGUGUCACUCUGUUCGGCCUCUGGAUUGUGUGUGCUGACAUGGCUGCACAGUACUCUGUCCCUGACCCUGCCACACCCGGCAAGAUGUUCAUGAACUACCAAGGACUGGCCAGCUACCUGUCCAGUGGAGGUGACAACUACUGGGUGAUUGACACCGACUACGACAAUUAUGCCAUCACCUACGCCUGCCGCACCCUGAAAGAUGAUGGCAGCUGUGAGGACAGCUAUGCCCUGGUCUUCUCCAGGAGUCCCCGGGGCCUUCCUCCCACCAUCCAGCGCAUUGUCCUUCAGAAGCAGGGCGAUAUAUGCAUGGCUGGACAGUUCCAGCCUGUCCUGCAGUCUGGAGCCUGCUAA